GGCAAGGCUUUGUUCAACACAAAGCCAAACACUGAUCUACUAUUGCUAAUCGAUAUAUUUUCAAUUUGCAUUAACAUUUAGUGUGUAUUUGUGGAGGCCAGUUAGUCUGCAAGCAAAUUUCCUUAAUUUUGCAAAUCCACUAGGAAGUCUGUGUAGUUACUUAAUCCCAGAAAAAAGGGACAAAUGUGGACUGAAAUCCCUGGUAAAUGAUUGACCUGUCUGUCAGAUUUACUGUGUACAGUGAAGCAGUGAGAAAGCAUUCCAAUCUCUGCCUUCUGCGAGAGGAGCAACUGAAUUUCUAACAAGAAACAUGGCCAUCAGUCACAGCUUUCACAAUAGGUCCUCUAUAAGGAGUCAGCCACACAAUCCUGACAUUGACAACAGAGAGGAUUUGCACAAGCCAUGGUUAACAGCAGGCAACAGAGACCUCCACUGCCCCGUGUGUUUACAAAUAGCCAGCUAUCCUAUAGUGACCAACUGUGGGCACCUUUUCUGUGCACCAUGUCUGAUAUCAUACUGGAAACAUGGCUGCUGGUUAGAUGCCAUCAACUGUCCUUUAUGCAGACAAAAGGUGAAUAAGAUGUGUUGUCUCUUCAGUGAGAACACAGCUGAAUGUAAGGAGAGAGAAGUGUUAAGACAUGUCAGAGACUAUAACAAGCGCUUCUCUGGAGCACCAAGAGAGGUUAAAGAUUACCUGUGUGAUGCUCCACUCUUUCUGCUGUUGUUGGUGCGAUGGUUGGGGAACAUGGGCAGCCUGGUGUGGCUGUUUCUCUUGAGGGUGGCUGUCUGUGGCUUUGGGGCAGCCUUGUCUCUGGCAUCCCCACUGGAGGCACUUCCUGGACUGUUGAGCAGAGUGCUGGGCAUACUUGAUGAUUUUGUUGUGGUCUUCCUUCUUCUUAUUUGCAUUAUUAACAUUAACCAGCAGAUGGGGCCACAGAGGGCAAGAACGCAUUCGGUCACCCAUGGUGUGCUGACCGACACAUUAUAGAGGAGGACAUUGAUAAUGUGUUAACUAGAAUGUUGAAAUUACACUAAUGAACCUUGUUGGCAAAGGUUAACAGUGUUAUGACCUGGUGCACUUUGUUCUCUGUGAACAUGGAUUUUCAAUGAAGAUGUGUCUAAAACAAACAUAAGGCACAGACAGAUAGGAAGAGUUCUGAUAAGGUUAUUUUUUGAAGGGCAAUUUAAGGUGUUUUCUUACAAACAAAUGUAUGUAUUGAAUGUAAAGUACUUUUGUAAAUAUACAUGUUUCUAAUAAAUAAUUAUUUAUCAUAA